AUGGGUCAACAAAUCGCUUUGCGCUUGAAACUUGGGACCUCUGGGGAUCGAAUUAAGGGCCUUACCUCGGUACUUGAGCUCGCGGUAACCUCGCCAAUGACAAUGCAACUGUUGGCGCUAGGUGAUCUGUCGAUGCUGUGGCAACGGGUCACCUGCUUGACUUUCGCACUCGAAUCACAGUCUGCAUUUGGCGUUCGUGGCUAUAGAACUACCAUUGGACUUCCUCAUCAACGUCAUUAG